AUCCUGACAUCUAAUAACUUCUGAUACAUAAUCUCAUUUCUAUUAGCAAAUAUGAGGCGUAACUAUAACAUCAUUCUCCUAUACCUUUCUCUCUUGUUGCUCGCGGGUCUUGAUGUGUCGAAUGGAAAAGGUGGAGGCCAUGGCCGUGACGACCAUGAUCAGCAAAACGGUCGAGGGCACGGGCAUGGUUCAGAUAAGCAACAUGGAGGCAAAAAAGUGAACAGUUGCCCUCAACUUGAAACAAUUUCAAGGGACAUUACAUGGGGGAGGGUUGCAUCUAACCCUACCUUGCCAGCCAAGCUAAUAAGAAUGCACUUCCACGAUUGUUUUGUUAGAGGCUGUGAUGCAUCAAUACUGUUGGAUUCGACCGGUAAUACUAAAGCUGAGAAAGAAGCAAUACCGAACAGAUCUCUAACAGGAUUUGAUGUUAUUGAUGACAUAAAAGCUAAAUUAGAAGAGGAAUGCCCUGGGCAGAUCUCAUGUGCUGAUAUUAUUGCCUUGGCAGCAAGAGAUGCUGUUUCUUUCCAAUUUGGAAGACCAUUAUGGCCUGUUGCUUUUGGAAGGAAAGAUGGAAGAAUUUCAUUGGAAUCUGAGGCUACUAGAGAUUUACCAUCCCCUGCAGCUGACUUCAAAACUCUUCUUUCACAAUUUCGAAGCCAUGGACUAGAUGUUACGGAUCUUGUUGCUUUAUCAGGGGCUCACACUAUUGGAGUAGGGCACUGUGUAAUUAUUGCAAAGAGACUCUUCAAUUUCACAGGAAUAGGGGACACAGAUCCUUCGCUUGAUAAAAACUAUGCAGAUUUCUUGAAAAAGCAAUGCUCCAACCCUCCUAAUCCUACUACAACAGUAGAGAUGGAUCCUGGAAGUUCACUCUCCUUUGACACCAAUUACUUUGUUGCUAUAAACCACAAAAAGGGCUUGUUUCAAUCAGACGCAGCUUUACUCACUAACCCUGAAGCAGCACGGUUAAGCAGCAAUUUCGAAAACCCAAAUGUUUUCUUUCCUCGCUUUGCUCAAUCAAUGGUAAAAAUGGGUUCCAUUGGUGUACUUACAGGAAAGCAAGGAGAAAUUAGGAAGAACUGCCAUUUUGUUAAUUGAUGAUUGCUAUAUAUUAAUCUGCGUGCUUCUGAUUUACUAAUGUCAUUAGUCUCUAUUAAGUGCUUUAAAUUCUAAAUGUAAUCAUACUUGUGUACUAACAUUUAGCAAGCAAAUGUUAUACACAUAAAUAAAAGUAAA